CUGAAACAACGUGUGUUUGAUUUCUGACUGUAGUGGAUGUUUACUGAUGUACUAUUCUGUGUUUUAUCUUUCUAGAAUAGUAUAUUGAAUACGAUUAUAUGGAAGAGGCAAUUGAAUAGAAGGAUAAAUUAACUUUGGCCGUGGGAAUACGGUCUUGAAACCACCCGUGGAAAACAAUGCAAAACAAAUCAACAGUAAAAAGUAGUGCAAAUGAGGCUGGCGACGAGGCUGCCAGUUAUGCUGUGGGGCAAGUGUCCGGCUGCUUGUUUCCCAACAAACCUGCAACUGGCUCUGGAUCACUGUCUGCACUCUUCUCAUCCAGUUCGACAGCCAGCACUGUGAAAUUUGUCCCAGCGCCAAAGCUGCCUGAACCGAAGCCUGUAAAAGAUGAAGAUGCUGGCCCAGUCCCUGCAGCAGUCUCUGGAAAGGUGCAACCGAAGAAAAGUAAAAAACCUAAAUCAGCAGCAGAGUUAAAGCUUGAGAACAGAGAAAGUUCUUUACAAAACGCGGACGAUGAGGACACCACGUCGAAGACCCCGAAGGCAUCCAAACGGAAAGCCCCAAAGGCUGAGGCUGAAGAUGAAGAUGAAGAUGCAGUGGGGCAUGCUGGGAAGCCUGCAAAGAAAGCAAAGACCUUCAAGGACUACGCCGCCGAGAGGGUGAAGCUGGGCAGGACCGUGUUCGUGGGCAAUCUCCCCGUCAGCUGCACCAGAGAGGCACUUCGGGCCAUCUUUAAGGAACAUGGGCCCAUCGAAUCAAUACGGUUUCGGUCGGUGGCUAGAGAAGAUCCAUCCAUGUCUCGCAAAGUAGCCGCCAUUCAUCGGAAAGUUCAUCCCAAAAAGCAAAGCAUCAACGCAUACAUAGUUUUCACAGAGAAGGAGGCUGCAGGGAAGGCCCUUACAAGGAAUGGUUUGGAGAUUUCGAAAAACUUUCACAUCCGAGUGGACGCCGUCUCCAAACAACAUGACCACAAGCGAUCCAUAUUCGUUGGCAAUUUACCAUAUGACAUGGCAGAGUUGGCCCUGCGGCAGCACUUCGAGGACUGCGGGCCGUUGGAGGCCGUCCGGCUGAUCAGGGACCGGGAGACCGGCAUGGGGAAAGGGUUCGGCUACGUGCUGUUCGAGAGUCCGGACUCGGUGCAGCUCGCCCUGAAGCUGGACGGCUCCGUACUGUGCCAGCGCAAGAUCCGCGUGAAGCGCUCGGUCAAAGAAAAAGAUGCGAAAACGGAGGCCUCCGAAGAUGGGAAGGGCCAAGGCCGAGGGAGGACGGGGCCCAUGAAGACCGGACAGAAUGCAGGACCUCCAGGCCAACCUGGUGGUGGUGUCGGUAGAGGAGGUCGUGGUGGUGGUGGUGGUGGUGGUGGUGUCGGCAGAGGCGGUCGUGGUGGUGGUGGUGUCGGCAGAGGUGGUUUUGGUGGUGGUGUCGGCAGAGGAGGUCGUGGUGGUGGUGUCGGUAGAGCCAGUUUUGGCGGUAGAGGCGGUUUUGGUGGUAGAGGCAGAGGCGGCCAGAAGCCCUUCCAGAGAAAUCCGGGGAAGAAAACGUCCCCCUCGACUUUCAAAGGAGAAACGGCUGACCCCGCGGCCAAGAAGAACAAAGGACAGAAAAAGAAAUCUAAACCCCGGAAGAAGAAGAUCCACAUAUGAGGAGGUGCUCGCUCCACAUUUGUUUCCGUUGUUGUUUUGAGAGGAAGAAUACGAUAUUACCCCCAUUGCCACUGGUUUAUCAAUGGCGUCAUCUUUUAAAUGAGAAAUGAGAACAUUCUGUGGUCACAUUUGUUUUUCAUGUUUUGUGUAACAGGAACAUCUGUUAAGAUAUUAUUCCCAUUUGCCACUGAUUAAUCCCUGCCGUUGUCUUUGACUGUUAAAAUGAGGACAUUCUGUGAUCACCGUAAAACUUAUCGCAUCAUCUGUUCAGAGACAAUCAUUCAACAGUAACUUUUUUUAUAUCACGUCACAAAAUCAAACCAUAUAGCAGUGGUUGCAGCUCAAUCCUUCUUUAUUGUUUUUGUUUUGGUAAAAAUAAAAACAGGGCAACUUUCCUUAACAUGA